AUGAAGUUCACUACUGUUCUGCUUUUAGCUCUGCCGGCCGUGUCUCUGGCCCAGACUGCACCACCCACACCCACACCCACAGGAAACCUCACUGUCUGCAAACAGCAAGCCGGCCCAUACGCCCAAUUCUGUGCCCGAUGCGAGCCGCAGUGCAACGGGCGCACCGGUACGGCUUAUUCGCAGUGUCUCUACUCCGUCUUCUCCGACAUCAACUAUAUCGAGAGCCUGUGUGAGGCUCACAACGGCAACAACUGUGAAAAUCAGUCCGUGGAUGACGUCUGCGGUCCUGCUUAG